GAACCCAAUGCCCUAACAAUGUUCUGAAAAUAAAAAAUUGGAGCACGUACUAAGAAAAUUUUACAACAAAUAUUGCUGCUGUAUUUUUCUCCAUAUGAGUGACGAUAAUUGAGGUCAAUCACUGUUGAGAAAUUUUCCUGCAUGAUCACCACAAAAUAUGAAAUGCUUGAACAGUGACUCAUAUCCCGGAUUCUCAGUAUGGCGACAUUAUAAGUCACUACACUAUUAACGUAUCCAACAACGGAUCAUCGAAACUCGGAGUCCAUCACCUGUGGUACAUUUAUUAUUCAAUAAAUCGGUAAUUAAUCUGCCCCAUAAAUUUUCAUCACGAGGAAUAACACGAGUUUUAGGGUUCACAAUCUCAAACAAGUUGAUACAAUGGCGUCGUACUCAGAGGAUCAGCUGGCGGAGUUUCAAGAAGCCUUCCAGCUUUUUGAUAGCCGUGGAGACGGGAAGAUCCACGUCUCGCAGAUUGGUGAUGCCCUAAGGGCCCUGGGCCAGAAUCCCACCGAAAGUGACGUGAAAAAAUUUACGCAUCAGCACAAACCCGAUGAGCGCAUAAGCUUCGAAGUUUUCCUUCCGAUUUACCAAGCAAUUAGCAAAGCCCGAACUUCAGAUACUGCUGAUGACUUCAUUGAGGGAUUGCGUCACUUCGACAAGGAUGGUAAUGGUUUCAUUUCCUCGGCUGAACUGCGACAUCUUUUGACGACUCUAGGUGAAAAACUGAGCGAUGAAGAGGUAGAGACCCUCCUAGCUGGGCAUGAAGAUUCUCAGGGUAACAUCAAUUACGAGGAUUUUGUGCGUCAAGUCAUGUGCGGCUAGAUCUUAGACUUAAUUUAUCACAACCACAAAAGCUUUUCCAUAAAAAAUUGCUUUGGGUUAGUAAGUUUCCAAUUUGGAUUCCUAAAUCAUCUAUUAUUACUACAGCAUUUAAAUCAGUAAGAAAAAUCAAAUAAUUUCCUUCGAUUAAUUGUUGUCAUUAAACUUUAUGUACUUUUUUUAUAUAGAAAAAAAAACAAAAUAGGAGAACAUGGAUUAGAUGAGUAGAUUUAAAUGUUAGUGGGUUGUGCCUUCAUCCAAGUAUAUUAUGCAUUUAUUCCAA